AUGGAAUCUUACACUGUCGCAGAUUCGGCUUCAAGCUCUGAUGCAACUGCGUCUCAUUCGCCGAGUGUAUCUGUUCUGUUAGAUGCUCUUGAGAAGUCUGCAUCUACACCCAGGAUCGCAAAUGGUCUUUCACAGAGACUGUUACGGCUGCUACAGCUUUCACAGGAAAAUAAAAUUUCUUUUAAGGCAUUGAAUGGAGCUUGUCGUGUGUUAAGAUUGGCUUGUGUUCAAGCCAGGGAAAGUAGGAAGUCCGUGUGUGUUAGCCAUUUAGUAGAAAGUACUGACAGUGGAGUUAUAGUUGAUUCACCUCAUAAGAAGUCUGAUUCAAGUCGUACAGAGGAUUGUUGGUUUGAAUGCAUGGAAACGUGCGUGGGAAUUUUCACAGAGUUUUUCUCAUCAACAGAUGAUGCAAAGAUAUAUGUUUUGCGAAGCUCCGUCUGUGUUGAUUGUCUUUUUGAGCUAUUUUGGGAAAAAACCGUAAGGAACAAUGUGAUGAAACACAUUAUUGAUCUCAUGAAGAUUAUGCCUCUGUGUGAAGAAGACACAAGUGCAAAAUUACAAGUGUGUUCCAAAUAUCUAGAAACUUUCACUCAAGUGAAGGAAAGAGAAAAUGAUUUUGUUGACUUGUCCGUUGGUCUGUUGGCGGGUAUGAGGGAUUUGAUCAAGACUGAUUCGAAGUAUUACCAAGCCCUAUUCCGUGAGGGGGAGUGUUUCUUACACAUUGUCUCUCUCUUAAAUGGUAAUCUCGAUGAAGCAAAUGGAGAGAAGUUGGUUUUGAAUGUCCUUCAAACUCUGACUUCCUUGCUUGCAAAUAAUGAUGCCUCAAAGUUUGCAUUUAAAGCCCUUGCUGGCAAGGGCUAUCAGACACUGCAAAGCUUAUUGUUGGAUUUCUUCCAAUGGCAACCUACCCAAAGGCUCCUAGACGCACUACUUGAUAUGCUUGUUGAUGGAAAAUUUGAUGAUAAAGGCAGUGCCCUUAUAAAGAAUGAAGAUGUUAUCAUACUUUACUUGAAUGUACUUCAGAAGAGCAGCGAGUCUUUGCAGUGUUAUGGGCUAAAUUUGUUUCAGCAACUCCUUAGGGAUUCCAUAUCAAAUCGUGCUUCAUGUGUUCGGGCAGGAAUGCUUAACCUUCUUCUCGAUUGGUUUUCUGUGGAAAAUGACGAUAGUGUUAUCUCGAAAAUAACGCAGCUAACUCGGACGAUCGGUGGCCAUAGUAUUUCUGGGAAGGAUAUACGUAAGAUCUUCGCCCUUCUUCGGAGUGAAAGAGUUGGUAAUCAACAGAGAUACCGUUCACUGUUAUUGGCUUGUUUGUUGUCAAUGCUGAAUGAGAAAGGACCGACUGGCUUUUUUGACAUGAACGGGGUUGAUUCUGGCAUUGUAAUCAGAACACCUGGUCAGUGGCCUGUGAACAAGGGGUUUUCCUUUUGCUGUUGGCUUAGGGUAGAAAGCUUUCGUGGAGAUGGGAAAAUGGGUAUCUUCAGUUUCAUGUCAAAAAAUGGGAAGGGCUGCUUUGCUGCUAUUGGGAACGAUGGAUUGUCUUAUGUUUCACUGAAUCUGAAACGGCAAUGUGUAAAUGUGCAUGCCAAUUUGGUCAGUAAAAAGUGGCAUUUUAUUUGUGUUUCUCAUAGUAUUGGAAGAGCGUUCUGGGGUGGUAGUCUCUUAAGGUGCUACGUUGAUGGGGAGCUUGUGUCAUCUGAAAGAUGCAGCUAUCCGAAAGUUACUGAUGUACUUACCAGCUGCUUCAUUGGUACAAGUAUUACGUUGCCACAUAUCCAAGAUAACGAAGGCCUGGAGUCCAUCCGAGAUGUGUUCCCAUUUUUUGGCCAGAUCGGUCCCAUCUACUUGUUUAAUGAUUCCUUGUCUUCCGAGCAAGUUCAGGCCAUUUUUUCGCUAGGACCAAGCUAUAUGUAUGCAUUCUUGGAGAAUGAGAUGAUUGGCUCCUUUUCUGAUAAUCCAUUCCCUAGUGGUAUUCUUGAUGGAAAAGAUGGGCUUGCAUCUAAGGUUUCCUUUGGACUUAAUGCACAGGCAAGCGAUGGUAGGAGAUUGUUUAAUGUGUCUCGGGUGUCAGAUCAUUUACAAGAUCGACUCACAUUUGAGGCCGAUAUUAUGGUUGGUACUCAGCUAUGCUCACGGCGCUUGCUCCAGCAGAUAAUUUACUGUGUCGGAGGGAUAUCUGUUUUCUUUCCUUUGAUUACACAAUCUGAUAGAUGUGAAAGUGAAGCACUUAAAGAGGAAACGUCAUCUAUGCCUACUACAAAAGAGCGUAUGACAGCAAAAGUUAUUGAACUUAUUGCUUCUGUCUUGGAUGAAAAUCCAGGAAAUCAGCAGCAGAUGCAUCUUCUCUCUGGAUUUCCCAUACUAGGGUUUUUGUUACAGUCUAUUCAGCCGAAGCAACUUAAUCUAGAGACGCUAUCAUCCUUGAAACACCUAUUCAACGUUAUUUCAAGCUCUGGGUUUGCUGAGCAGCUUGUGGAGGAUGCUAUAUCUAGCAUUUUCCUUAAUCCUCACAUUUGGAUCCAUGCGGCCUAUAAUGUGCAACGUGAACUUUACAUGUUUCUCAUCCAACAGCUAGAUAAUGAUCCACGACUUUUGGGAAGCCUUUGUCGACUCCCAAGAGUUAUUGACAUAGUAUGGAACUUCUACUGGGAGUCUGAGAGAUACCGUAGUGCUAAAGGAAGCAAGCAUCUUCUGCAUCCAGCAAGUAGUAUUGCAGAAAGACCAAGUAGAGACGAAAUUCAUAAAAUUCGCCUCCUUUUGCUGAGCCUAGGUGAAAUGAGUCUGAGGCAGAAUAUCUCAUCAGGGGACGUAAAAGCUUUGAUAGCAUUUUUUGAGACAUGCCAGGAUGUAGCAUGCAUCGAAGAUGUUCUGCAUAUGGUUAUCCGUGCCAUUUCUCAGACAUCAGUCCUUGCUUCUUUUCUUGAACAAGUCAAUCUUAUCGGUGGAUGUCACAUUUUUGUCAAUCUUCUUGAGAGGGAUUACGAGCCUAUAAGGUUACUCAGCUUGCAGUUCCUUGGAAAGCUUCUUUAUGAUGUUCCUUCAGAGAAAAAAGGACCUAGGUUUUUCUAUAUCGCUGUUGGGAAAACUAAAUCUCUGUCACAAGGGCAUAAGAAAAUUGGUGGAAGAACACACCCAAUUUUUUCCGCUAUGUCUGAUAGAUUGUUCCAAUAUCCUCAGACAGAUAACUUGCGUGCAACAUUGUUUGAUGUUCUUCUUGGUGGUGCCAGCCCCAAACAGGUUUUGCAGAAAUACAACCAGGUUGAUAAGCAGAGAAACAAAGCAAGCAACUCUCACUUCUUUCUUCCACAGAUAUUUGUUUUUAUUUUCAAAUUCCUGUCCGGGUGUGAGGAUGGAUCAGCACGAACGAAAAUAAUUAGUGACAUACUGGAUCUUCUUGAUUCAAAUCCUAUGAAUGUUGAAGCUUUGAUGGAAUUUGGAUGGAGUGCAUGGUUAUCAGCGUCAGUGAAACUUGAUGUGAUAAAGGACUACAGAUCUGAGUUGCUUAAUCAUGAUGACUUGGCAUUAAAUGAGCAACAUUUUGUCAGGGGUCUCUUUUGUGUUGUUCUCUGCCACUAUAUCUUAUCUGUGAAGGGAGGUUGGCAGCAGCUGGAGGAAACUGUGAAUUUCAUACUCUUGCAGAGUGAGCAUAAUGAUGCCCCAUACCGCUCUUUUCUCCGUGAUCUUUAUGAGGACCUAAUUCAGCGUUUGGUGGAACUCUCAUCUGAAGAUAAUAUCUUCCUUUUGCACCCAUGCCGCGACAAUGUGCUGUAUCUCUUGCGGCUCGUCGAUGAGAUGCUUGUCCGUGAAUUUGGCAGUAGGCUCCUGUUUCCGGCAAAUAGUACUGAUUUUUCAGAGGAUUUGUUACAACUUGAAAACCGGGAGGACUACAGUUUGGGUUUAGAUGAGAGUUUCCAACGAUUGUUGACGGAAGAAACCUCUAGAAACACAGAAAGUCAGCACUCUUGCACCACAGUAACUGAACUUAUGACCAAUGAAAGAUGGUGGAAUUUGUAUGACAAUUUGUGGAGAAUAAUAUGUGAUAUUAAUGGAAAGGGUCCAGUGAAGAUGUCUCCCAAAUCUUCAGCUACUGGUCCCUCUAUCGGCCAGAGAGCAAGAGGAUUAGUAGAAUCAUUGAAUGUUCCAGCUGCUGAAAUGGCCGCAGUUGUUGUUUCAGGAGGAAUAGGCAAUGCACUGAGUGGCAAAAUUAACAAAAACGUUGAUAAAGCUAUGCUCCUAAGGGGUGAGAAAUGUCCGCGAAUCGUGUUUAGGCUUGUCACCCUUUAUCUGUGCAUGUCUUCUCUGGAAAAAGCCACCAGAUGUGUACAACAGGUGACCUCACUCUUGCCUUCCUUUUUAGCUGCUGAUGAUGAACAAAGCAAGAGCAGAUUGCAUCUCUUUAUUGGGUGUUUGCUUUAUGUAAGAUCCCAGUACGGAAAGUUAGAUGAUGGUGCUCGUUUUCAUGUCAUAUCGCACCUGAUACGUGAAACUGUAAUUUGCGGAAAGUCCAUCCUGGCCACCAGUGGUCUGAGCAAGGAUGACAGCUCUGAUUCUGGUGGAAUCUUCAAAGAAAUGGGCUCUAUCCAGAAUCUUAUCCACAAAGACCGUGUGCUUGCUGCAGUCACUGAUGAAACAACAUACAUGAAAACUUUGAUAUCUGAUCGUACACGUCAAGUGCAAGCCUUUGGUGAAAGGAAUGAUGAAACAUUGUCUUUAGAAUGUAACACCAAGAAAGCUUUUGAUGAAGAGCUGCAAAGCAUUUUAAAAACUGUUCUGACAUGGGAUGAAAAUAGACGAGUUGCAGUGCAAUCAAGCUAUGAAGAGCAACAGCAAAAUAUUACUGAGAAAUGGAUUCAUAUGCUGCGAUCUUUGAUGGAUGAGAGAGGUCCUUGGUCGGCAACUCCUUUUCCUAAUAACAUUUUAAACCACUGGAAGCUCGACAGGACAGAAGAUGCUUGGAGGCGUAGACCAAAGUUGAGACGGAAUUAUCAUUUCGACGAAAGGCUGUGUCAUCCACCUUCUAAUGCCACUGCCACUGAAAAUGAGACUUCAAACGUUCUCAAUGAAAGCAAGUCUGGUGUAAUACAUUUACCUGAACAGAUGAAGCGGUUUUUACUAAAAGGCAUUCGCAGGAUAACCGAUGAGGGUGGCUCAGAAUCCUGUGAGAAUGAAGGUAGUCAAAGUGAGGAAAGUUUCUUGGAUACUUCUGCAGAUAUCCAGUUUUCUGAGAUUGUGAGAAGCAGCAGUGAUCUUAAGGAUGCUGUACAAGAUAAAGUAGAUGCUUCUUCUCUAGAAGUUGAUACCAGCGAGGUUUUGACAUCAGUUCCUUGUGUUCUUAUAACUCCGAAGAGGAAACUCGCUGGUUGGUUGGCAGUUAUGAAAAAUGUUUUGCAUUUCUCUGGGGAAUUUUUGGUGGAAGGAACUGGUGGAUCAUCUGUCUUCAAGCAUUUUAGCACCUCAAAGGGUAGUGAUGUAACAAAGUCUGACAAAAAACAGAACCUUGUUAAAUUGUCGUCACCUUAUGGGAGUGAGACAUCGUCAGAUUUGGAAUCAGAAAAAAACAACCAGAAACCUUUAAAAAAGGUUAAGCGUCACAGAAGAUGGAAAAUAGGGAAGGUGAAAAGCGUUCACUGGACGCGGUAUUUGCUUCAAUACACAGCUGUGGAAAUUUUCUUCCAGGAAUCUGUGCCCCCAGUCUUUCUAAAUUUUGCAUCCCCAAAGAAUGCAAAGGAGGUCGGGAUGUUAAUAGUCUCUACCAGGAAUGAAUUCCUGUUUCCGAAGAAUGUUGCUAGGGACAGGACUGCAAUAAUUUCGUUUGUUGACAGACGUGUAGCUAUCGAGAUGGCAGAAACAGCCAGAGACAGAUGGAGAAGAAGAGAGAUAACAAACUUUGAAUACUUGAUGAUUCUCAACACCCUUGCAGGCAGAUCUUACAAUGAUUUGACUCAGUAUCCCGUUUUCCCUUGGGUACUAGCUGAUUAUUCGUCUGAGACUCUUGAUUUUAACAAAGCUUCUACCUUUCGCGAUCUUUCUAAACCGGUUGGAGCUUUAGAUUCAAGAAGGUUUGAGAUAUUUGAGGACAGAUACCACAGCUUCUCUGAUCCUGAUAUACCUAGUUUCUAUUACGGGUCACAUUAUUCAAGCAUGGGAAGUGUGUUGUAUUACCUUUUGAGAUUAGAGCCGUUUACAUCCCUUCAUCGAAGUUUGCAGGGUGGUAAAUUUGAUCACGCAGAUCGUCUUUUUCAAAGUAUUGAGGGGACAUAUCGGAAUUGCCUGUCCAACACAAGCGAUGUAAAAGAAUUGAUCCCUGAGUUCUUCUACAUGCCUGAAUUUCUGGUGAAUUCUAACUCUUACCAUCUUGGAGUGAAACAAGACGGUGAACCUCUUGGAGAUAUUUGUCUACCUCCAUGGGCUAUGGGUUCUCCAGAGAUGUUCAUUGCUCGUAAUAGAGAAGCCCUAGAGAGCGAGUAUGUUAGCUCACAUCUCCAUGAUUGGAUUGAUUUGAUAUUUGGACACAAACAGCGUGGCAAACCAGCUGUGGAGGCAGCAAAUAUCUUUUAUUACCUUACAUAUGAAGGUGCUGUUGACGUAGAAAAUCUGGAAGAUGAACUGCAAAUAUCAGCAAUUGAAGAUCAGAUCGCUAAUUUUGGUCAAACUCCAAUCCAAAUCUUCCGGAAGAAACAUCCGAGAAGAGGGCCACCUAUUCCAAUUGCACAUCCCUUGUACUUUGCACCUGCGUCCAUUAAUUUGACUUCUAUUCUUCCCGCUACAACUAAUCCCCCAUCAGCAGUUCUAUAUGUUAAUGUCGUAGAUUCAAAUAUAGUUCUCGUUAACCAGGGUCUCACUUUGUCAGUCAAGAUUUGGUUGACAACUCAACUACAUUCUGGCGGCAAUUUUACAUUUUCUAGCUCUCAGGAUCCAUUCUUUGGAGUUGGUUCUGAUGUUCUCUCUCCUCGUAACAUUGGAAGUCCCCUAGCAGACAAUAUUGAGCUUGGAUCACAGUGCUUUGCUGCAAUGCAAACGCCACUUGAAAACUUUCUGGUAUCAUGCGGGAACUGGGAGAACAGUUUUCAUGUCAUAUCCUUGACUGAUGGACGGGUAGUCCAGAGCAUCCGACAUCAUAAAGAUGUCGUAAGCUGUGUUGCAGUGACUGCUGAUUCAAGUAUCCUUGCAACUGGUAGCUAUGAUACGACUGUGAUGGUGUGGGACAUUCUUCGCAUGAGAACACCAGAAAAGAGGGUUAGAAAUAUGCACGCAGAAGCAUUGCGGAGAGAUAUCGUCCUCGCGGAUGCUCCUUCUCAUAUUCUCUGUGGUCACGAUGAUAUAAUAACCUGCUUAUAUGUCAGCACUGAUCUUGAUAUAGUCAUCAGUGGAUCAAAAGAUGGAACAUGUGUAUUCCACACGUUGCGGGAAGGAAGAUACAUAAGAUCUUUAAAACAUCCUUCAGGCAGUGCAGUGUCGAAGCUUGCCGCAUCGCAACAUGGACGGAUUGUUGUGUACGGUGACGAUGAUCUUAGUCUGCACCUCUACUCCAUUAACGGAAAACAUCUGGCCAGCUCCGAGUCAAAUGGACGCAUCAACUGUCUUGAACUUAGCAAGUGCGGAGAGUUCUUGGUCAGUGCCGGAGACCAAGGACAAAUAGUUGUGCGGUCUAUGAACACACUCGAAGUAGUGAGAAGGUAUAGCGGAGCAGGGAAAGUAAUCACCUCUCUGACUGUAACUCAGGAAGAGUGUUUCUUAGCAGGGACAAAAGAUGGAGCUCUUCUUGUUUAUUCGAUCGAGAAUCCUCAGCAUCGGAAACCGAGCCCAAUCUGGAGUAUAAAAUCAUGAAGUGCUUAUGUUCUGUUUGUUUAUUGUGUCCCAUUAUUCCAUUUGUUGAACGAUGGUUGGUUCUAGAUUUGUGGCUAAUCUUGUGUUCUGCAGAGGGGGCUUUUACACACUUUUCACUGCCUUGUAAAUGUGCAAUAUAUCUCAGGUUAACAAACUUAAGAUGCAUAGACAAUAGAGAGAGGUUUUAGUUGAUGUAACAGUACCAUAGAUAUAUAUGAUUUGUAUACA